UCUCUUGUCUCCCUUCCCCUCAUUCAGGAGAGGCGCUGACGCUGAAGGACGAAGGACUUGCUCUUUUCGUACACAUCGCGCGUGUGCGUGUCCUCGCUCGAGUCCUCGCUCGAGUCACGUAGUGUCAGUGUCAUGGAAUGAAUGGAAUCUUCUAUUUUGGCCUGCGGUUGUACCGUCGUCUGCAUUCGAAGAGGAGGGCAUGACCCCGGCCAUUUCCUGGCUUCCUCACAUUAGAACUAUGCUUUGGGAUUUUAAGGGAAUUUUCGGUCGAUGCCGUGGCGAAAUAGCUGCUUUUAGCUCUCCUCCUUCACCCCGGCGUGUGAUAGGCCAUCGUGCGGGGGAGUGGUCGUGGAAACCGUGAUAAGCAAGACGAACACUCGACAACUUCUCGUCGCGAUUGUUAUCAAAUUUGUAUUACGCUGUGUGAAGUGCCAGUCUAUUUAUGGUAGACCAAAACAAGUGUGUGCUGGCUCAGGCUAGGCAGACCUUGGUGUAUUGGUCUUGGUGCUGGCCCACUCCCUGCCGUGAUGUGAACUUCAGUGAAUAUCUUAGGACAAAUGGUUGUGUUGGAGCUUAGUGAUUUUUUCUGUAGAGUUUUGAAAAUUUGAAAAUGGCCGCUGUGAAAUUGGGUAUUCAGGACAAGAAAGACUUGGACAAGUUCACCAAGUUUCUCGCCUUAAAAGCUGCUCAGAUUAUUGUUCAAUCUCGUCUUGGAGAAAAAGUGCACACAAAGUGCAAACCACACUCCUCUGGCACUGACUGGUUCAAUUUGGCCAUCAAAGAUUUACCGGAAGUACUGACAGAAGCCAAGAAAGUGCUCUGUGGUGAAGUUGCCACAGCUCAACUCCCAUUGUGUGUUGAAAUUUCAUUACGAACUGUCGAGGGGGACACAAUGAUGCUUGAAACUUGGUGUUUAGGAAUGCUUCCUGAUCAGUGUGAUCCAUCUGUGAGAAUAACUUAUACAGUAUAUAAUAGGAUGAGCAUUUUGUUGAAAUCCCUGGUGUCUGUAACAAGAUGCACUCCAGCCUAUAAAUUAUCUCGGCGUCAGGGUCCAGAUUCCUUUGUUAUAUGCUAUCGCAUAUAUGUUGGCGAACCCCAAUUCCACAAUUUAGGAGAAGGUUACAGCCAAGUUCGUGUAGGGCAACUUAGCACCCCUGUUGGAACAUUACAAUUGUCAGUGGCAUAUCGCACUAAAAUGACAAUCAGUCCACAACACACAGGAAGAGAUACAUCAAUUAUGCUUAAGUCUGAUCACUUUCGACCAGAUCUUAGUCCAAGAAUCGUUACUCGUAAAGAAAGUGUUUCAAGCUCUGUGCUUAUAGCUGAGGAAAAUACUACAUCCCUCAGUGAAACCAUAAAAGUUGGAGCAUUUGCAGACAACAGUAGACCACCUGCUCCUCCUGGAGAUUCAGACCUAGUUUUCCCAGAUGUUCCUUUCAGCAGUUUACUUUUACCUAAACAACAAUCCCCACCUCAAGGAUCUCCACUUCAAAUGCCUAUACUCACUGCUCAAUUUUCUAAACAAGAGACAAUUACAAAUACGGCAAUUAAUACUCCGCUUCCUGAUGAUAACUCAGAAUUGAGUAGUGAUUCCAAUGGGAAUGUUACUCCUCGUGCUAUCUCUGCAUCGAAUUCUCGACGCUCAAGCUGUUCAUUAGCAUCAGCCAAUGAAGACUUCAUUAUGGUAGACUUGAAAACACCCUUUGCUGGUAGUAAUGCCAACAGUGAUUUAGGGGCAUUCUAUCGAGAAUGCCAGAGUGCACCACCCCUCAGAACUUUUCAAGAAGUCCCAACUCUUGCUCAGCAAGUUGAAGAUUUAACUGAGCAGCUAGAAGCAUUUGAGAGUAAUAUGGCAGCAUAUGAUGAGGUGCUUGGACAAUUGUGCCCUCACCUCCCAACAGACACUAAUUGACAAAUUUAGUGAAAGAAAUUUCCAAGGGUGGUCAAACCCAGAAAACUGUGACUGAAUUGUGGCCAUGCGGCACUGAAUGUGUUAACACAGUGAAAUUGUUCCUUUUAUGUUUUCCGACGUUUUGUACUCAAUCUGAGUUUGUUGUAGGUUGUGUUCUAACUUUCCAAUUUACAGUAUAUUGGCCACUGUGGGCUCCUUCACUGCUGUCUCCUUGAAAUGUGUCUGUUAAGCGUGAUAAGAUAGAAGAAAAGAAAAAAAAGCUUUCAUGAAAAUAUCAUGACAGGUCUGUGAAUCAGAAUUAUGUGAGUUUUAUUGGGAACAUUAAAGAACUUGUACUUGUAGACUGUGGUCAGUCAAAACUCAAUUCUGAAUUAGCAUAGUAACACUGCUUGUUUUUGGAUUUUUAUUAAUAAUUGAUAAGAUUUUAUACCCAAAGUUUUGGAUGAACCUAACUUUUGUAUCAAUCAUAAAAGAAUUCAGUCAAAUUUGAAGGAUGUAGGUUAGUAAAGAGUUAAGCUGUGAUGAAUAAGAAUGAACUUAUUAAUUAAAUUUAAUGAAUGGUGAAAGCUUCUUUUAUAAAGCUAUCACAGUUGUUAUUUAUUCAAGUACAGUAUUGCUAUUUGACAAUUGAAGGGAAGAGGCCUAAUUCCAACCCCUCUCCUUGAUCUACAAGAAAUUUCUGAUUGCUUUCUUUACACUUUCAAAUGUGGACAUGAUGAUAAAUGCUGGCACAAGCCAAAUAUCUUUAUACUUAAUAUUUUGGUCUAAAAUCUUUUUAAGGGGCACCAUUGAGAGAUAAUAUUGGGUUUGACAUUAGCAGGUACAAAGAGCCAAUAUCAAUUUUAGUUAUGUGCAUCUGUUUGGAACUGUUCUAUUUCAUGAACAGUGAUUUACUCUAAUAUCUAUCCGCAUGUCUUUCAGUGCUGGGAAAACAAUUGUCAGUCAUAUUAAACAGUAUCACUAAGACUGAGAAUUUAGCAUUUGUAUUGGCAUAUAUGCAAGUUGUAAAUGCUUUUCUGAGUUAAGAUAAUGUUUGGCAUAAAGGUGAAGGUUUGCAUGGUGACUCAAGCUUAUUUUAUUUUAAUGUGCAUUUUAAUUAUCUAAUUAAAAUUUCUAGUCCUGUUAACGAAGUCAUAAAGUUUGUUGCUGAUGGAAGUUUAUUAGUGAAUUGCUAAUAUAGUUUAAUGUUGUCAAAUCUUAAGACUGUUUUACUCUUAAAAUUUUAGGCUAAAACAACAUAUUGCCUAGAUUAUGUAAUACUAAUUGUAUAUUCCUUUUUGUUUUCACAUUAUGACGUUAUUUUAGUCCAUACCUUUGUUUUUAGUAAGGCUCAGUCUCAUGACAGGCAUGAACCGUGACUUAGUCAGGACUCAGUCCUGGGGAGGCCAUAGAGAUCAGUUUAUCAGCUUGGGAAAACCCUUUCUCAGGGAGCCGUUCUUUGCGGCAUCCCUAGGAUUGAGUUUUUUUUUAGCGCCUAUGCUGUGACUGAGAUACUCUUUGCAGCUGUUGUGAGACUGCAUCUUUGUCAUCGAAAAGGUAUCGUUAGUCUUAUAAAUGCUUGGUUAGUGUUGGCUCAAUUGUACUGCUUUGUUUCAUAUUUCAAAAAAUAUUGGCGUUGAAGCCAUAAGGUGCUGGGCAUGCUUACACAUGGAUUUUGAAGUGCCUUAUAUCAGCUCUCAUUUUUAAGUUUUCAUAGCAACAUUUUGGAGUGACUUUGUACUUGCCCUAGCAUCUAGAACCCUUUUGCAAGGGUUUUCUUUCCGAUUUAAACAAUGGACUUGAAGUUUUAAUAAAAAUCCAUAUGAUUUAAGAAAUGAAGUUUCAGUCUUGUAUGUAGUAACGAUCUGUACGUUACCAACCAAUAACUGUGUUGUAAUUAUCAAAUUUAAUUGACAUGCUUUUUUAUAAAAAUUGUGUACCAAUAUGGUGAUAUUUAUCUGUUCAUUGAUUAUUUAUUUGAUAUCGUGUAAAUCUUUUAUUUGAUAUCGUGUAAAUCUUUUCUCAUGUUGCCUUUUUUCUUUUUAUAUCUGCUCCUUUCAAAUUGUAAUAUUCCUACAGCUUGUCUUAAAGCUGCUUACUCAAUGAGUAACAUCCCUGUUCAUAAAUUGUGAUAUGUAUGGGACUGAUUGUGCCAAACUGGCAUAGUUCUUGUUUAUGUAAGAUAAGAAUAUGCUGAGACUUAAAAUUUGUCUUCUUUUGCUUUGGUUUCUCAAGUUAGUGGUUGAGCAAAACCAGUUUUGCUUUAUACAUUUUCUAAAGUGUAAUUACUUAAAGAUUUGUCAAACUUAUGAGUUUUGGCAUGUGAUAUUUAUUAUAUUUUAAUAUUAUUCAUUAUCAGCUUUGUAAUCUUUGUGCAGUGUCUUGCAUAAUUACAUUAAGUAAUCUA